AGAGGAGGGCCGAGGAGCACCCGGUCGAAGCGUCGACGAGGUCCUCUCUUCACUCUCUUCGUUUCCUGCCAUCGCGCGCGUAUCUCUUUUUAUCCGUCUAGGCUGCUCUCCGUCUGGACCGAAAGCGACCGACUCCCUCUCUUUUUCUCUCUUUCCACCUUCUUCAUCUCCCUCCGCGAGCCGCGAGUGAAAACGAGCCGGGCAGCGCCGCGCCGACCUUCACCAUUUUGGUACACGCAACACGCGCGACGCGCGUAAAGCUGUGUGCGUCGAUCCUCGUCCGGCGAAGGGAAGCCGCGAGAGGAACUCGGCGAAUUUUGUCGGAAUGCGCGCGGGACGGCCGAUCCGCUGCGUGGAUUCCGUGACGAAACGACGGCGAUGCCGGUCUGGGGGUUGCUAGCCUCCCUCAACUCCGCCUCUCGUUCCUGUCACUCUAUUCGUCUCGCUCGCUCUCUCUUUCGCUCUAUCACGCAGCAAAGGGUGGGUGGCGAUACGCCGGUGGCAGUGGCGGCAGUAGUGUGUGGAUGCUUGCACUGGUGGGUGCUCCCUGGUGUGUAUAGUAGAGUAAGUAGUAGUGGUUGCUGGUGUUGGUGCUGGCAGUGGUGGUGGUGGUUUAAAUUUCAGCCGCGUGCACCGGUUCACCUACGUGAGCCAUUAUACGGGUCCUCGGCUUUCUCGCCGACUGGGAAGCUAUACGAGCGGUCACGGUCCACGAACGCGAAUUCUAGCCACCUUCGCUUACCUUACCCUUUCUCUCCUAUUCGUCCUCCUACUCGUGUCUACCCGAUGUGCCGACGCUCGACGUGCUUCCUCGAUAUGCCGUUUGCUCGCUCAUCUUGACCGAAAUUCUCGUGCGUUCGAUCUAUAGGUGUUGCUUGUUGGCGAUACAUCGGUCGAACCCUCGAGUAUGUAUGUAUACAUGUUUGUGUGUGUGUGUACGUGUGCGCGUGCUUCGUUGAAAGGAUCGUAUUAUGUAUCGUAUUAUGCAGAAAAAGAGAGGAGGCUACGCUACUCUCGACGUUUCGUACUGAUUACUAAGGUAACGUAGCUGUCAGAGAGAUGAGAUAAAAAGAUUAUCCGCCUCGCGGCUACAAAACGCAGCGGUGAAAUGUCAAAACGUAUCGCACCGUUCGUCUUGCGGAGAAUUAUGCCGUUCUCGGAGAUCAAAGUGGGAUAACUUGAAAAAAUAAGCUCGAGAUAAAAUUAUCGUUCUUGGGGAUUAUAAUUGAAAUUGGUUUGAAAAAAAACUCUAUACGCGGUAUAAAUCUUGAUGACAAUUAAUUUUUGCCAAACGUAAAUCCUUUAUCCGGGUAUCGAUUGUGGAUGAUCAUUGAUUACGUGCGAUCAAUCUUGAAGUUAUGUUAAUCAAAAGUACUCACGAGAUAUGCUGAAUCUUUAUUUGGCGAUCAUAAAAUAAGAAAGUCGCGGUGUAUCUUUAAUCCCAGGAUAUUAUUGGCUUUAAUAUAAUCUCAUGUCAAAAGAACCUCUCCUUCUUCUCUAUUAUAUGGAUUUCCCAGUACAUACGCGUAUAUAGGGAAGAGGGACAGCUCGAUUUUCUUUCACGAAACUUGGCGUGUGCAAAUAUUGCCAUGUGCAUGCGGAACAACCAUAGAUAUAUAUAUGUAUAUACUCCGAAAACGCGUUAAGUAUGUACAUAAUCUCAUGUGUAGAUGUGUUUCUAUUGGAUAGAAAUAUUGUAUCAGUGUGAUGAGUCUCUCUCACCGUAACUCUCUUUAACGUCGCGUAAAAACAGGAAGCAUAGUAAAACAUCAUCCGUUCUGCCAUGAUAAUCUAAAGCCCGUUUAAUCGGCCGCCGACGCAGGGUAGAGAAAUACUGGAAAUUACUGACAUGUAUCUUCCUCUCCCGAUUAUUUCACGUGAAUCCGCCAUGAGAUUAAGUGGCUUUCUACGAAUCCUAUACAUGUCGCAUGUAUAUAUGUAUUCUCGAUACACAAGUAUAUACACAUAUACAACAUGUAUGUUCCUACAUCUGUAGAGACGAAGGUAUCGUUUCCGUAAAUUUCGUCUGGACGCGCGACACUUCUUCUCGGCGACAAUUAGACUCGGUAAAACCAUUACUAUCAUACCCCGAUUCUGUGCGCGGCCAACCGUGAGAACGAACGGCGAAAAAAAGAAGGAAAAAAACUAUGUCCCGCAGAUAUAUAGAGAGGAAGCCUGCAUCCACGAUAAAACGACCCGGGUUCGAAGCAUGCAUCUUUCGAAUAAAGCGUGCAGUUUGCUAUUUGGAUGCGUUUCGCAAGAGCGAAUUUCAGAGGGUUACCUUAUGAACGAGCACUCGUAGUCUCGUUCGGUGUGGUGGCUGGAAAUAGGGGUUGCAAUCGGCGAGGGUGGUUUGUUUUGCGCUCGAUUCGAUGCCCGCCGAAUAGAAACAACCGGCGUGCGUUCUUUUUUUUGUCUCUUUUUUUUUUUGUUUUACGCGAUGCAGAGUGUUGCGCCGAGACGAUCGACGAAUGUAAAGGGCGAAAAGUUUAGUUGGAAGAGCGAGAGAUGUGGAGGCAACGCGCGAGAGAGCGAAAAAUAUGGGCCGUGUGAAUGUCGAGCGUGUCGGUUGCCUUUUUGCUCUCGUCUUGUACUCUUGUGGCUCUUCUUUCUUUUUUUUCCUUUUCUGUCUCUCUAUUUCAUCGUCGUCCGUUACUCAAGGAUCGUUGACCGUGUCGAAUGUCGGUCACUGCAAAUGAGAUUCGCAGAUGCCGAGACGCAGAGUCUCUCUUUCUUCUACCGUUUCUCCUUCUCUGUCUCCAUUUCUCGCGAGAAAUUCUCCAAGUAAACCAACCGUCUGGACGAAAAGGGGGAAAAUGCCAAGUUGCGGGUUGGCAGGGUCGUUUAAAUGUUUAGAUUCGUGGUGUGAAAGUCCCCAUUUUACCUUACGCGAAAAACUUCUUAUCGUACGGAAGCUAGGGGCAUUUGGAAAUACGAGCGAGCUUGAGCUUUCGCGCUGCAGGAAAAAUACCGUCUCUUUAUCAUGAAGAAACGCGCGCGAGCGCAAGCGGGAAUUCAAGUGGUUUUAAUUUCGACCACGGUAAUUUUCGUGGUCGCAGGGAACGAGUGUGGCGGUGCCUCUCUCGCCUCUGCUCCGACGAGAAAUAAUUAUUUUAGACGGUGACCGCGCGCGACUGGACGUACACGAAAUUCGUUUUCGCGUGUAACACAUUCGCGCGCGCACGUUUGUCAGUUGAAAUUGAGCUUCUCUCUUUCACUAUCGACUGGAUUAUCAAGAGAAUAUGCUGCAUUCGGUUCUCUCUCUCUCUCUCUCUCUCUCUCUUUCUGCAAGCUGAAUUAUGAAUAUUCCCGAAACAGCUGCGGUACCUCAAAUGCAAUGAGAUUUACUUAUCAUGUGUUGCUAUAGAAAUGAUUCAUUAAUUUAUGUAAAAUUUGUGUGUGUAUGUGCGUCUCUGUGUGUAACACAUUUGUAUAUUUGUUUUGGCAGAUGUUUGAAAAGUUACCUGCAAGUGUAUUAAUUCCGGUGUUACAACAAACUCAUAAAUAUUUUUGGCAAAGAAAUAUUAGCUUUGCGUUUAUUGCCUUUUGUACCAGCCUCGCUGAGAUUAUAAUAUUUUCGAACAAUAGUGUCACGCAGCGCGGGACUGCUUUUUCAUCCUGAAAAUAAUUCUUCGCAAAAACUUGGGCUCUUAUAACCGCCCCACGUAUUUAUAUUACUAAAACAAAUAUAAACGGUAAAAUAAUUACUCGCUACCUGCGUCACGAGAAAAUUCCACAAGGAAAGCUUCUCGCGUGAAAUUUUUAUCUCGCUGAUACUAAGAAAUUCAAGACUCUGCAGACAAAAUUUUGAACAAUGACAUACACACACACAUGGGAGUUUCUGAAAUUUCUCAAAUUCGUCCGUAUUAAUUAUUAAAGUUUUGAAAAUGUCCAAAUCAACAAUUUUUCAAGAUUAAUAAAUCUUUUCGAAAAUCAAUUUGCCAAUAUCAAUUCUAGAAAAUGCGAUUCCAUCAAAUUUCUUUUCGCCGCGAUGUAAUAAUAUUUUGUAAUUAAACAUCUUUCUCUCUCGCUACGCGCGAUGAGUAGAAAAGCUUUGAGGCUGUCCCGCAUCUGGCUCACGCUGUUCAACACUUUGACCCGAGCUUUUUCGCGAGCUUUCUGCAGCGAGCUUGGUACGUGCCCGAAAGCUCGAAGCGUAGCAUCAGCGGAUACGACGGAAUAGAGUUUUCGGGAGAGAAAUCUGCACGUUGCGCGUCGUUUUGCAGCUGUGCGCCGCUGUUCUUUCAGAUUCGACCGAAUCGGUGCGGUGGUGGUGCAACGUGACACUAGAGCGACCAAAGGGAAUACGUGCGAAACGAGAUGCCAGCUUCCGGAGCGUUCGCGCCGCAUCUUGGGAGAUACAUCACCACGCGAGGAUUACUAGGACUACUAGAUUCGCGGGCGCUCUCGUCGGUUUUACACUUUUCUACUAAAUCAACCCUUAACAUCCCCACGGACGUGAUCCACGAUCUAUGAUCGAUAAGCAUCUGCGGAAAAGUGUCUCGAUUCGAACGUUGCCAUCGUGAUUCGUUUGUCUCGGAUAUCGAACGUAUCCCGGGAGCGAGGGAGAAGAAUUUCGCGAUGUGCGUGACGGGGAAGACAUACGAGCAAGAAAUGGAUGGGAAAAGUACGUUCGAAUCUUAGCCCGCUCUCGCUCCGUAAAUAGCGUUUUGUAACCCCCGUCACGUGAAAUCGAUAUCCCUUAAGAGCCGGUCGUUCCGUGAGGUCGUUCGUCAGACCGGUGCUGCCUGUUUCGCCUCGCGGAAGUGGAAGAGUGGAGAGUGCGCGCCGAGUCUGCGGGAGAAGGCGGUUUCGGCUGAAUAAAACAAUAAGAGAUGCACAGGAAAAGGCCAGCGUUCCUCAACGACAUGGGACUGCUAAUGUUCUUAGCAGUAACAACCUCUCUGUUGGGUUACUGCCAAACGGACGAAAAAGUGUCGUUUUACGGGGCGAGCUACAUCCAUCUUCCGGUUCAAGAGGCCAAGGGUGCUACUGACAUCAGUUUCCGGUUCCGAACUCAUCUCGCCGAUGCUAUGCUGCUAUUGGCUGCUGGCAAGACGGAUUACUGCCUGAUCAAACUCGAAGCCGGCAGAUUGAAGGUUCACAUUAAUCUGGGCGCAGGCGAGAACGAGAUGGCGAGUGCCCGCGGAUUGACACUGAACGACCUCAGUUGGCACGAGGUCAAUUUGACGAGACGCGAGGCCAACAUCAGCCUACAGAUCGAUGUCAUACACACGACGAAGUCGCAACUGCCAGGUCGCUUUUUCGAGCUCAACAUACAUUACGGCGUCUUCAUCGGCGGGCAAGGCGAUUUCAACGAGCUAUUUCUAGGACACACGGAUUAUCUGAGAGGAUGCAUGGCUGACAUAAUCUACAACGGCGCCAAAGUUAUAGAAUACGCGAGAUCGAGGAAGGGCCAGUCGGAGGCAACAGCCGUAACGUGGGGUUGUUCACCGGAAUUCGACGCUACGAGAAGCACGGAAGUCAGCUUCGUCGAGGACGGCGCCUUCGUCGCCAUUCCGCGUCCCAUUCCGCGCUCCGGUUCAAGAUGGGAAUUCGAACUGAAGACCAAUGCUGAGAGCGGCCUAUUGCUCUACAACACCGGGCAAUCAUCCUACGCUGAUUUCCUCGGUAUCGAGUUGUUCGAGGGUAAAAUACGAUUGCUGAUGAACAAGGGAAACGGCCCGACCGAACUGAUACACGGCACCGUGGUAGCUGAUGGUAAAUGGCACAACGUAAUCGUGGACUUCAAUCCAAACGGUCUCGGCAUCGCCGUCGAUCAUCACGAGAGAACAAUGGCCCUGCCGUCCGGUGGCAAUCGUUUUCUCGAUUUGGCCGAUACCCUGUAUAUUGGCGGCACGGAGCUGAAUAAACGCGCUCGUGCUUUAGGCAAGGGUCUCAGAUCUGGCGAUGUGAGCUACAAGGGCUGUAUACGAAACAUGAUGCUGGACAAUAAGGGUCUCGGUUUACCAGACGUCAAGGUCAGUCAAGGUAUCGUCGUUGGAUGCGUCUGGGGAUAUCCGUGCAUCGAGGCUGAUCCCUGCGUAUCUGAUGCGUCGUGCAUGCAGCUGGGCGUCAAUUCAUUUAAGUGCAACUGCGACCAGUCGCUGUGCAUCAAACCGAAUUACGCCGAGGAUUACAAGAUCUAUUCGAAUGCCACCUUACCUGUAAACUUGGAAAUUCUCUCACUGAGCCCUCUACUAGUUUCCGAGGGGGAACACGUGCUAGUAACGAAUGAAAACAUCGUGAUGGUAUUGGACAUUGCCAAAUACGGCGUGGAAGAAAACAACGUCGUGUUCACUCUGGUGACACCGCCAAUUUACGGAACACUGGCGUUGGACCUUUUAACAUCCCGAAGCGAUCACUCCUUCACAUUACAGGAUAUCAAUCAAGAUAAGAUAGAGUACAUGCAUGACGGUAGCGAAACCACAGAGGACAGCAUGAUUCUGGAAUUGACAUUGGUGGCCGGGACAGGCUAUACACUCCCAGGAUACCUACAAGGACAUCUCAGAUUCCCCCUUCACGUCAAUGUCACUCCUGUCAACGAUCCGCCAUUGCUCGAGAUUCCAACCGCGAAAGUACUACGUCUGGCUCAAGGUACGAGAAAAACACUGACCAAGGAAUUAAUAUGGGCUAUAGACGCCGACACCCCGUCGGAAAUGCUGAUCUAUACGGUUUUACGGGCGGAUACCGAUGCCGGUCACAUCGAGAGGGUUACUUUUCCAUUCCGACCUAUCGACACGUUCACACAAGCUGAAUUAAUGCAAGGCCUUAUUGCUUAUGUGCAUCGUGGAAAUGCCAAACCGAAUGCAAUGUUGGGCUUACAAGUUAGCGACGGUAUCGAGACCAGUCAACCUGCGUAUUUGCGCGUAUCAGCUUACCCAUUGCAAAUCAAAUUGACACACAAUACCGGUCUCGUUGUGGUGCACCGUUCAUUCUCUUAUUUGACACCCGCAAAUCUCUCGUUUGCUACGAAUUCGGACGACAACACCAUCGAUAUCCGUUACGAUAUCGUCUCACCGCCGCAUUAUGGCGUUUCAAAAUUGAGGGACGUCUCUAACAGUUGGAUAAACGUCGAUCAUUUUACUAGCCGAGACAUGGAAUUGCAUACUGUUCGUUAUCUUCAGAACGUCGGCAGCCCUAAUCAAGACGAGUUUAAAUUCCAAGCGAGCGUACGCGAAGUGAAGACGCAGCAGAUGUACGACUUCCGUAUUACUUUCAUUGAUCUCGAGUUGAAGGAGACCAGAAGGAUGCCUGUUAAUCUCACCGACGCGUCAAACGUUAUUAUCACGAGUAAUCACUUGAGGUACCAGACGAAUCCACUAGUUACAUCGCUGAAUAAGAUCGUCUUCACUCUUACAACGGGACCAAGAUACGGCGAUCUAUUUCUGUCCGAUCAUAAACUCGUGACAACUAGUACUUUCACGCAGGAGGACAUCGAGGCCGGAAGACUGAACUACCGUCUAUUCAGACGAUCAUAUUCCAAUAUCUUUGACGAAAUAAUGUUCAAGGUCAAUGCACCUCAGUGCGUCGAUAUAUACGCUAACUUGAAAUUUCGAUAUUACCUCGACAAUUCGCUGGAGGGCGUGGAGAAUUUGAAAGUUGACGAGGGUUCGAAAGUACCUCUGAGGAUCACGCAUAUGAAUCCAAAGGAAUACGGGGUAGCCUCUUUGAUGUACAAUCUUACAAUAAAACCGAAUCAUGGUUGGCUCUCCGUCGCAAAUAAUUCUAGAUCGCAAGGACAAAAGAACGUCUCGUCUUUUACAUUCGAAGAUGUAUUGACGCAAACAGUAUAUUAUGUGCACGAUGAUUCUGAGACGAAAGAAGACUCCUUUGAAUUUGUAGCGAUAUCUCUGGAUUCCGUGGAUUUUAUGUACAUCGGAAAGUUUCGAGUUGAGAUCAUUAUGAAAAAUGAUAAUCCGCCGGAACGAAUAAUUGGUAAAAUUUUUCAUGUUGUAUCAAAAGGCGAAAAAUUGAUAACGAACAAGGAUCUCGCUUAUAUAGACAAAGAUAUUGGUACUCGCACGAGUGAACUUAUUUAUACCAGACGAGAUACCAGGAAAAGCGGAAUAUACAAGGUAACUAAUCCUUCGGUACAGAUACGCGAGUUUUCGCAACAGGACAUCGAUGACGGUGUGAUACUCUUCCGGCACCAAGGGGAUGAACGCGAAAAAAUUGAAUUUGGUAUCACCGACGGUCAUUUUUACAAAAUUGAUUCUCUUGAAAUUCAAGCCAGUCCACCCUAUAUCAGGUUACGCGAGAGCAACGGCUCGGUUGUUCAAUUUAACAAGUCUGUAGUGCUUCGAUCAAAAGAAUUGGAGAUAGAAACAAAUGUAUACACCACAGAGAAGGACAUCAAGUACACUGUAUGGGAAAGACCGAAGCAUGGUAUUUUGUUAAAGCACGGUAGAGAGUCGAAUAGUUUUACAGAGGAUGAUCUAAAGCAUGGUAUUGUGUCGUACAAGCAUCUAGGUAGUUCCUCCACGAAGGAUGUCUUCAGGUUCAAAGUAUUUGUUAAAGGCGCGGAGGCCGAUGGUGUGUUUAUGAUCAAAGUAUAUCCAGAAAGUUAUUGGGAAUCGUUGAUCAUUCAAAAUAACGAGACGAUAUUCGUCGAAGAGGCUACGAGUAUCCUGCUGAGUCGAAAGAGCCUCGAGAUAAUGCAUCCUAAAAUAUCGUCGACCGAAAUUGUUUAUUUCGUGAGAGAGUGGCCGCAAAACGGCUAUCUAGAUUUACAGAUCUACGACGAACAUAGCGAGGAGAUGAAGGAAGAGUACAGCGGUAACGCGGUAAAACAUUUCGAACAGAGUCUAGUAAACGACGGUCGCGUCUUCUACGUUCAAUCGGUGAUGAAUCAGACGAACGAUCGUUUCACUGUAGACGUUACCAACGGUAUCACGUGGUUACGCGGUCUGAGUGUGAAUUUUGUGAUCGUGCCAGAAAAACUGUACGUCGAGGCGAGGAGUUUCAUCGUCGUAGAAGGCAAGAGCGUGAUGUUAAAUGAAUCGAACUUCUCGGUUGUAACGCCGUAUUAUACUGGCAAGCUGUCGGAUUACAGGAUAACGGAAAAGCCGCGACACGGUACGAUUCUCGAUUCCACGAAGAAUACUCAAGUGAAGAAAUUCUCGCAAAAGCACUUGAAUGCCGGAGUCAUACUAUACAAGCAUAACGGGGACGAAUUUUCAAGGGAUUCCUUUAGGAUGGUUGUCACCGCCGGUGACAAGAUAAGCGAGCCGUUCGACGUAUCGAUCAUUGUUCAGCCCGUUAACGACGAGAUUCCUGUACUAGUGAAUAGAACUAAACUUCAUGUUUGGCAAGGUGGAUCCGUUAUCUUGACGUCGACAAACUUGGCGGCUAUUGACAAUGACACCGCUCCGCACGAUAUAAGAUUCAAUGUUACUGGAGUGAGAAACGGAUACAUCUCGUUAACUACUGCACGCGAGAUGGACAUCUAUACUUUCACACAGAGUCAAAUCAACGAAUUGCAAGUGAUGUUUACACAUACGAACGGAUCUGAUGGCGAAUUUAACUUUGUAUUAAGCGACGGAGUACACACGACGGAAUUUUACACAAUCUUAAUAACGACAAAGCCAGUUCGUCUGAACAUUGAACACAAUAUGCCUCUUAAUGUAUUUCCCCUUACUAAGAAAUUAAUAUCAGACAAGCUCUUAUUAACGACGUGUUCUGACGAAGCGAGGGAGAUUAGAUACACUGUGCGAAAUGGACCCCAUUUAGGCAAAAUUAUAAUGGAGACAAGUGAAGGGGUAUGGCUCGAGGUCGAGCGAUUUACUCAGAAAGAUAUAAACAACAGUAAAGUGAUUUAUGAGCAUACUAAACAGUUCAUGGACCUGGCGACCAAUGACUCUUUUACAUUUGACGUCGAAACGCACUUCGCUGGAACCUUAACAAAUCAGAUUUUCCAAAUAGAUAUAUCAGUUUCGAGCGGCGGUCUGGACCGAUAUAUCUCUGUCAAAAAUGUCAGAGUCGUAGAAGGUAGCUCCGCCGAAGUCGUUAUGAAUAUUAGCGGCAUCGUGUCGUUUCUACAGAUCAACGCCGGAAUCGAGAAUCCUGCAGUAUUAUCAAAAUUAGUUCGCCAACCUAGUCACGGGCACGUGAUGCUUUUACCGGAUUUAAAUGUGACUACUUUUAUGCAACCGCAAGUCGAGGGCGGAAAAAUCGCUUAUUACCACGACCAUUCGGACACCUUGGAAGAUCGCAUUCAAUUCUCGCUAUAUUUAACACCUGGUCACGUACUACUUUGCAACAUCAGUAUUCCCGUCAUCGUCGAACCGAUUAACGAUCAACCUUUCAAACUCGUCACCAGUACUCCGUUCAUCACGGUCGUGCAGAAUCAAAAUCAGACUAUUACUCAAAAUGAUCUUUUGACCAUGGAUCCCGAUACUCCACCGCAGGAUAUCACAUAUGACGUGAUCUCGGGACCAACGUCUGGCAGAUUAUUGCUAUUACCUUUCGACCAGAACACGUCGGAAGUACGCCAAGUGAACAAGUUUAGUCAGUACGACGUGGAUUCUAAUCGAGUGGUGUACGAGCAUAAUGGAACGCUGCAGGCCGCUUCUUUCUACUUCAGAGUCUCGGACGGUGCUUACACUCCGAUGUAUACUGUCUUCAACGUCCACGUUUUACCUAUAAGACUGAAUGUGACGGUGUCCGGUCCGGUGAGUUUGCAACAAGGCUCGAACGUAGCGCCCAUCUCCGAGAACGAUAUAAAACUCGAUACGAAUGCGCGUCAGGACCUGGUGAUCUACGAGAUUACGACACACCCGAAAUACGGAGUACUGUACGUGCGGGACGGCGCCGCGGCAAUGUUCAAGCAGACCGAUCUACUAUCGAAGAGCGUAGUAUUUAUGCAGACGGAUAUGACAGUACCAAAUGACAGUUUAGAAUUGUCGGCGCGACUGAGCGGUUUCGUCCAGGAACACAUACACAUCGAGAUCAAAGUUACGCCUCUCAUUAUCAUGAAUCGUUUAACGGCGUUGGCGGGCGAAAAGAAUCGAAUAACUCUGCAACAUUUAGACGCGACUCCCUUGGCCAAGUUAACAACGAGUAAUCCGUUUUAUACUAUUGUGAGGAAACCGAAGUUCGCCAAGAUCAAGAGAAUUAUCAGAAGUUCGUCGUCGUCCGGCGAGAAGAGAGGAACGCGCGAACGAGAAGUGACGCGUUUCUCGCACCAAGAAAUUAUUUCCGGAGUGAUAUAUCUGGUGUGCAGAAAAAUACCGUCGAUAGACGGCGUCGCGGACAGUUUCAGUUUCAUUCUCGCGGCGUCGAUCUUUCAGCCAGCCGUAGGUGACUUUGAAUUUCGCAUCAAGCUCGACAUAGACGACGACAACAUCACCCUAGGCAGUCCGAUGGAUCCGGUGGGUCAUGAGGGCGAGAUGGCAAUCGCACCGAACAUGAGCAACGAUUAUCUACUAAUUCUCGGCAUGCUGCUUGGCGUCUUUCUUCUCGGCGUGGUUGUAAUUAUCACGAUUAGAUGCCGGCACAACAGAUACAAGCACGCCGAGGAGGAGAAACCGGAAACCACCCCCACAGUCGGUGUGAUGCCGCUUCCUAGACCGCCGGAUCAUCUGAUGCCUGCCACUCCGCACUUGAAGCCUUUCGGUAACGAUCACAAUAGCGUAACGGCUAGCACGCCUUUGCCGAUGUUGCCCUCAACGUUACCCCAAUGUAAAGUGAUACCCUUGAGUCCUUUGGAAAGCGGCUCAGAGGUCGACGUAUCCGCCAGGUAUCCCUAUGGGGUGGCGGACGGCGACGAGUGGAGUAGUUUCGAUACUUCCGAUCUACCUUGCCAGUCGGCCACAACUCAAAGGACCAAGAAGAACCCGUUGCUGAGGAGGGAUCAGUACUGGGUCUAGCAGGAGAGAAACACGUUGCGGUUUACGCGAAAAAAACCGUAGCGUCUCCUGGCGUGUUUCGUGCGAGAAUCGAGAAACUAUCGUGGAUAUCACGGACUUAAUGUGCCUAAGGAAAGUGAAAUCUGCGAAGGAAUUUAUGGAAAUCGUUCGUCGAGAUUCGAGAUCAUCGCGCCAGACAUAUAUGUAUCGAGUUAUAGUGAGAUGACGCUCGAUGCUGUGGCGAGUAUUUAGUGACCGAGUCGAUAUGUGUGUCGAUGCAUCCGAUUAUAAUCGAAAAAAAAACGAAGGGACUCCUUAACUAUAGGAGAUUUACGGAUUGAAAACGAUCGAUAAUGAUCGAUAAAUCGCGGAAUAGUUCGCAGUGUCUCGUGUAUUAUUAGCCUAAAACGGUAUAAACAGGAAGCUAGAUCUCCUUGAAUGUUACGACUAUCGCCGCUAUCACGAGCUCAAUGUGCCUGAAAGAUGUCUGACUCUGCUGACAUUUUUUCCACUAAUCACAAUACGUCGAUUUUUCGUAUAUCUAUUCUAUGUCCCUUCCCUUUUCGGCGGAUCGAAAUAAAUUCGAUCAUUAAAAAGGCAAAUCAAUUAUUCAUUAAAGACUUUUGCGAUAAAUUUAAUUCUGGUCUAAGCAAAUGAUCCGUCGGUUUACUGCCUCGUUUUAGAGUGCAGAUUUUCAGAACAAUUCAUAUAAUCGCUUUUAAGUUCCUUCACCUUCUUCCAUUUUUACACUUUUUGUAAAUUUAGAAAUGUAGAUAAAUAAGAAUUAUAAAAAUGGCAUUUAUUGAUUCUUGCUGUCGUAAAUUUCAAAUAAAUUCGAAGUAUUAAGGCUUAAAAAGAAGCGGAACUUUCGCUCUGUCUUAAAUUACAAACAAAGAAAAUAGAAAUGAAUAAUCAGGAUACAAGAACUUUGUGACACUAUCGUAAAAUGAUCAAAUGCGUAUAAUGUAAUCGAACGUCUGUAUGUUCCUGUUACUUGUCAUUUGACAUUAAAGCAAAUGUCACUUGACUCAAAUGAAUGCAUUUAUUAACUGUACUCGAAUUUGUGUGGACAUAUCCCCCCUUUUAUACCACCAUAUAUUGUCCAAGUUAAACUUUUAUUUUGCUCCAAUAUCUCGUAUACGAUCAUUUUUUCUAUCGUAUUAUUCCGACUAUUUCGAUGUUACUCGUAUCAUGCAAGUAAACGUAAAUUGUCAAUAAACAUUUGUCGGAAUCCAAAAUGUAAAAAAGUCGAGUCGCAGGAAUAAUUUUUUAUGACAAUGCAAUAUUGGCGAUUUAGCUUUAUAGUAAAAUACGUUGAAUUGUUUCGUUAUAGCAACAUGUCGUGCAACAGAUUGUAAAAAAAUUGUAAUCAAAUGAUUAUCGUAAUUAAUAAUAACUUAAAUCAUUAUUAAUCGAUAUUUCUGCGAAUCGUCUAUUUCAAUAUUUUUUUCACGACAAAUCAUCACAAUGAUUAUCUUGAAAUUAGAAUCGCCUAAGAAAUUUUCACAAUUCUUAUCCGUUUCGUCUUCUGUAGCGAGCGAUAUAGAUUACUAUUAGACGAUGCCAAAUAAUAGAAUUAUUUAAUCUUAAAUGCGAAUCAUCAGUAACGAUCGAAAUCUAGAAGCUGUUUUUUAUACGAGUAUGAGAGUAGAUCUUUCCUACUAUGAAAUACAUUGACGCGCGGCGAGUUCGUAAUUCAUAAGCGAUGAACGGGGUUGUGCGUGCGCAGUUUCAGUAUCUGACAAUGAGAGAGAUUUGUUAACGAAGGCGUGUGUUGACAAGUUCGUUGAUUUUUAAGAAAAAUUUUACGUUAAGUUAUUCUUGCGCAAACUCACGGUAACCUUAACAGAUCCGCUUCCGGCCAAUGUUGCGUGAUUCAACAGAACCGCACUAAAUUCUCACUUAAUUAAAAAAAAAAAAAAAAAAUUAUAUAUAUAAAGAAAUGGGAAAGAGAAUUGACAUUAAACGUGACGUGUUAGACAUUGUUAUAAAAUUAUGUGCCAGCGAUAUUAACAAAAUUGUAAUAUUAAUGUUAUCGAUGUCAAUGAAGCGAAUAUAUAAAUUAAUCAGACCGAAUAAGCAUUGUUUAAAAUUUGUAUAA